GUUUUUAUCAAGGAAAGCACAUAUUAGAGUGUCCGUUGUUGAAUUACUUGCACAUUUCCAAAUGUGACAAACUGAAAAUAUUUGGUUCCAAUAAGGAAAGCGUCGAAGAAACAAAUGGGCUGGGCCAUGAUGUUGGUGUAAUUCAAGACCUCUUCUUUUUCGGCGAAAAGGAUAAAUUCCCGAACUUGGAAAGAUUGAGAUUGAAUGAGGGCGAUGCCAUGAAUGAGACAUGUGGCGGACUGUCAGCAGAAUUCUGUUGCAACCUUAAAUUAAUUCACUUGUACGGAAACGGUGAAAUUCCAAAUGUAGAGGCUCCAAUUGCAAGAGCAGGAGUAUCAGAUUUUCGCAGAUUAAAGAAUAUUAUGCCAUUCUCAUCCACAUCUUUCCACUACUUAAAGGAUUUGUAUGUAUAUAGAUCUAAUGUAUUGAUUAGUUUAUUAACUCCCUCAACAGCCAGAACUCUCGUGCAACUCUGAUAUAUUCAAAUUUGGGGUUGCAAAAGAAUGACAGAAAUAGUUGCAAAUGAGGAAAGUGAAGCAAAAGCAGGAGAUGAGAUCGCUUUCAAUAAUUUGAUAUCUUUGAAAUUUGUUAACUUGCCGAGUCUCACAGCCUUCCAUUUGGGGAAUCGCACCAUCAAAUUCCCAUCAUUGGUUCAAGUAAUUGUUGACAACUGUCCUAAAUUGAAGAUUUUUUGUAGUGGAGUCUUAAGCACGCCAAAUCUAACAAGCAUGAGAUUGGGUGGAAAGCACAUAUUCAAAAAGGAGGGGGAUGGAGAUUUUUAUCUAAACGCUACAAUAAAAGAGUAUUGGGAGGCUAAGUUGGAGACUUGCGACCAAAAGUCCGCUGAAAAGACUGAUGCUAGUGACGGUGAGGAGAGUGAACAUGAUGCUAAUGAUGACUUGGAGAGAGAAACUACUAGUGAAGUAGGGGGCACACAAUGUGAUGGAGAAUGAUCACUAGGGAGCAACUCAAACGAAGAUGGAUCUUCCCUUUUAUUGAUUGUUUUAUUUCUGAGUGUUGUCUUUAUGUGAUUUAUUUAUUUUUGAAACCUAUGUGAUUGUUACAAUAUAUUAUUUAUUUUCGAAAUCUAUGUGAUUGUUACACUAUAUAACUUUGUUGUAAUUCUAGACUACUUAGUACUCCUUCCGUAUUUGUAACCAUGAAUUUGUAAACUAUUAACCUACGAUGGACUAAUUUUCACCAAUUGUGACACUGUUAUAGUUGGAGUCA